AUGAAAUUCCUUAUUGCUGUUCUCCUCGCUUCCUGCCUUCUUCAAGUCGUCAUUGCUGACAUCGUCUGUAACGACCACGGAAGUUGUACUGGAGAUGGAGCACCAUAUGGGGACACUCGUUGUGGAGCCUGCCAUUCAUGUGUGUACAAAAACUGCUGUCACUUCAAAUUCACCGAUCCAAAAACUACUUGUUAUAUACCCGGAUGGCGUUCCGAUGAAUACAAUUUACUUCAUGUGAAACUUCCAGUUGCUUGA